GCGCGUAACGAAUAUAACCGCGUUAAUUGUCACUCGCUGCAUGAUUUUUUUACGCGCUGUUUAGUUGUACGAGAAAAAUAGCAAUCAUGAAUAAUACGACAUCAGACACGGUGUUUAGAUUAAAAAAUUUAACACUCGGCCCGGUCGAUUAUUCACUGUUCGGCGGCCUAAUUGGAUUAAGUCUCCUCAUCGGAUUGUACUUUGGAUUCUUCAGUAAACAAAAUAGCGCAAAGGAAUAUCUGUUCGGCGGGAAAACGAUGGGCUACGUUCCAGUAGCUACGAGCAUGUUGGCCGGACACGUAUCGGGAAUCACUCUGCUGGGGGUGCCGACGGAAGUCUAUCAGUACGGCUCGGCCUACUUCCUCAUCGUCAUAUCGAUAGCGACGACCUGCAUCGUGACGACCUACGUGUUUCUGCCGGUGUUUUACAAGCUCCAGCUGGAGAGCACCUACGAGUACUUGGAGCUGCGCUUCUCGAGGCGCAUCCGCAGCCUCGCCUCCUUCCUCUACAUCAUCUCGCUGGUCAUGUACAUACCGAUAGUCGUCUACGUACCAGCGCUCGCAUUCGCUCAAGUUACCGGCUACAAUCUCUACGUUAUCAUAGCUGUGCUCUGCACCAUUUGCAUCCUGUAUACCAGCCUCGGUGGAGUCAAGGCUGUCAUAUGGACGGAUACGAUUCAAUUCGCCUUUACGAUGUUCGGACUUUUGAUCGUAUUUUUCAUAGGCCUCAAGACGUCGGGUGGAUUUUCGAAUGUCUGGGACAUUGCGAGUAAAGGCAACCGAACAGAAAUAUUUGAUUGGAGUCUUAGUCCUUACGUACGGAAAUCUUUCUGGGGUAUGUCCAUAAGUUUUAGCGUUAUUUUACUUGGUCACUUUGGCAUUAGUCAGAAUUGUGUUCAACGCUUUUUAUCUAUAUCAAAGGAGGGAAACGUAAGAAAAGCUCUAUUGCUUCUGGGCAUCGGAAUGGUCAUUAUGAAAGUCACUUGUGGCUUGACUGGACUUACCAUGUACGCCCGUUAUCACGAUUGCGAUCCUCUCAAAACUAAGGUCGUUCAACGAAGUGACCAAGUACUUCCUUAUUAUGUGAUGGACAUAGCAGGUCACCUCGUCGGUCUUCCAGGAGUUUUUUUAGCUAGUGUGGUGAGCUGUGCACUUUCUACGAUGAGCGCAUCGCUCAACACACUGGCUGGUACAAUUUAUGACGAUUUUAUAGAUCAAUGGCUACCCAAGAGCACUCGCAAAGAAGCCAGAGCUACCACAAUCAUGAAAAUAUUAUCCAUUAUCGUGGGCAUUAUUGGCAUGGGGCUGGCAUGUUUCGUUCAACAUCUCGGCACAAUAUUUGAAAUUUCUUUGAGCGUCCGUAGCAUAGCCGAGGGCCCAUUAUUCGGUUUAUUUUUCCUCGGCAUGCUCGUGCCAUGGGCUGGUAAAAAAGGUGCGCUGAUCGGUAGUUUGGUAUCCUUGGCUUUCAUGCACGUUUUGGUUAUUGGCAACCAGUUGAGCACUUUUAAGCGUGGCAACAGAAACACGCCUCUGCCGACGUCCACCGAUAACUGCACUUACGCACUGAAUCAGACCAUUAUUCUGCAAAAUACUCAUUCCGAAAAUGUAAUUGCUCAGGAUGAAGAUGAUGCAACGUUUUUUCUGUUUCGCAUAUCAAUGAUGCAUUACACUCUUAUUGGUGCCCUCAUUACGGUGAUUGUUGGAUUCGUUGCUAGUACAAUUCUUCGCGAAACGGACUUGAACUCCUUAGAUCCAGAUUAUAUUACGCCAUUAAUGAGGAGAUAUCUACCUAAAAAAGAAUACACUGAAGUAGCGAUGAAUGACGUAGUAGCAAAUAAAAUCGACGACAAUAAGGCCAAACCCGAUGGAAAAAUUGAAAACUCAGAUACUAAUCUUAAUUAAAAUACUGGAUUUAUAUUUUGAACAUGAAAAAUUUCUGUCACCUGUUGACAAAAACGACAAGUAUUAGAAAAUGUAUUAAUUAUUCAAAAAUAGUGUUUAAUUAAACCACGACUUCUGAGUCAUCAAG